AUUAUGUGAUCGAUUUGCACAUGAUUUGCAUUGCAUUGCAAUUAAUGCUAAAUCUCUGCACAUUUCACUCAUUGCGAUGACAACCACGUGUUGGUGACACAUAUGUCCCACCAGACAGAGGUGGAGGUGCUGUCCGCCCACACCUCAUCGCUCACUACUGUGCCCUGCGUUCAGUUGAGUGUGAACAAUGUGACCCAUUGGUGGCCACAUGUCCUCCAGUCCAUCAACGCUUCCCAUUUCGUGGCCAUCGACCUCGAGUUGAGUGGUUUGGGAGCCAGAGAUCGACUCAAUGCUAAGAAAAUCGAUGAAAGAUAUGAAGGAGUGAUGUCUGCGGCCAAAAGCCGGUCCAUCGUAUCGGUUGGACUCGCAUUCUUCAGCUUCUGUGCCAAUGACUGCAACCAAACCAUAGUUAACAACGUCUGUGACACUAAGUACGGGACCAGUUGUGAGACAAAUGUCAACUCAAAGCCAUUGCUGAGUAACUGUAUCUCCGAUUGUGUGGAAGACAUGAACCGCUUUGAGAGACUACUCGACACACAACUCAUGGAUAAACUCGACGAUCACACCAAUGGAUGCAAUGGAAAAACGCUACUCCUCAUACACACGCUUGGGCUCUGGUACGCUAAGGAGCGGCCAGUACCUAAACUGAAGUUACCGGUCACAGACGUGCCUAACAGAUAUCACAGGGGAAAUGAUACAGAAUACGAAGACUUGACGGCACCAUCGCUGAGGAAUUUGAUUUCAGAGAUAAUAAGACAGAAACUGCCGAUUGUUUUGCACAACGGAUUCAUUGAUUUGAUAUUUCUUUACCAAAACCUAUACUCGGAUUUACCCCAAGAUUUACAGACAUUUAUAGCUGAUUUGGUUGAGUUAUUUCCGGCAGGAAUUCUCGACACUAAAUAUAUCGCAGACUUUCACGAGAGACUUAACAGAUCUUAUUUGGAAUAUUUGUUUUAUGACAGACAACGGUUUAAUAUCGAGCGCUCAUUACAAGGAAAGACUUGCAUUGAUAUCACAUUCCCAUUGCUCUCUAAUAACUCACUGGACAUCGAGUACAAGGAUUUGUCGACAAAAAUCUCAUCCGAAUCCGACCUUUUAGUUGAUGUGUGCGACGAUUAUGCGAACCACGGCUGGUGUCGACUCAAGAACUCGUGUUAUAGGUCUCAUAAUAUCGAUCACAUUCUCAAUAAGAAGAAUAGGAGUAAACGAAUGAAAAAAUUGAUUAAAAAGCUUAAGAAGAAGAGUGAAGAGCACACCAUUGAGAGCACCAGUGGUGGCGACAACUCAUCGGUUGAGUCCAUUAAUACGAAACAAUCAAAACAAGGCGCCCAUAGAGCCGGUUAUGACGCCUUCAUGACUGGCUAUUACUUCGCCUCAUAUCUGGCGGUUAACGCCAAAUCACGACCUCUUCCCUCGAAGCCAUUGAAUUGCAAAAGUUUAGGUAUUUCUGCGAUUGUCAACAAUAUAUACUUAACGGGUAAAGACCAGCCCCUCAGAGUCACCGCCAGCUCUUUCGCUAAGACUUCUACUAAUCAUAAGAAUAAAACUGAAUACGAAGACUUGACGGCACCAUCGCUGAGGAAUUUGAUUUCAGAGAUAAUAAGACAGAAACUGCCGAUUGUUUUGCACAACGGAUUCAUUGAUUUGAUAUUUCUUUACCAAAACCUAUACUCGGAUUUACCCCAAGAUUUACAGACAUUUAUAGCUGAUUUGGUUGAGUUAUUUCCGGCAGGAAUUCUCGACACCAAAUAUAUCGCAGACUUUCACGAGAGACUUAACAGAUCUUAUUUGGAAUAUUUGUUUUAUGACAGACAACGGUUUAAUAUCGAGCGCUCAUUACAAGGAAAGACUUGCAUUGAUAUCACAUUCCCAUUGCUCUCUAAUAACUCACUGGACAUCGAGUACAAGGAUUUGUCGACAAAAAUCUCAUCUGAAUCCGACCUUUUAGUUGAUGUGUGCGACGAUUAUGCGAACCACGGCUGGUGUCGCCUCAAGAACUCGUGUUAUAGGUCUCAUAAUAUCGAUCACAUUCUCAAUAAGAAGAAUAGGAGUAAACGAAUGAAGAAAUUGAUUAAAAAGCUUAAGAAGAAGAGUGAAGAGCACACCAUUGAGAGCACCAGUGGUGGCGAUAACUCAUCGGUUGAGUCCAUUAAUACGAAACAAUCAAAACAAGGCGCCCAUAGAGCCGGUUAUGACGCCUUCAUGACUGGCUAUUACUUUGCCUCAUAUCUGGCGGUUAACGCCAAAUCACGACCGCUUCCCUCGAAGCCAUUGAAUUGGUUUUCAAAUCCAUAA